AUGAUUCACGUUCAGAAGAAGCCAAUUGGUGGAUUUCGGGGAGGUAUUGUUGCAUUUUUGUUUGGAUUCUCAUUAGCAUCUUCAUUUGCGGCGUACCACUUGGAGGAAUACCAACAAGCAUCUACUGCGCGACAGGCUAGCGUUGAGGAGCUGAAGAUUAGCCAGAGAAGGUGUGCCAUUCCUCGUUUCUGGCGGAUAGAGGCCGUUGAGAAGGACUUGAACGCCUUGUCGGAUUCUAGGACGAUACCUCCAGGGUUCGCGCUGAGGUUAAAAAGCUCUAUGACGGACUUCAUGUCGAAUUUCUGGACCUAUGUACACACGUAUGGGGAAUUCAACAAGAUCUUCAAAAGGACUCCAAAAAGGACUCCACAGAAGUACGCAUUUGAUUAUAGACAUCUUAUAGAAGUUUUGCUGUCCUUGGCUCUGCUGGCUGUGAACGUCGUCGUCCCACUAAGUCAAGUCGUCCUCUCGAACAAAGCCUUGACGCACUCCUUUAAUUCUCCAGCUCGUGACCUAAUUGAUACGGCUUUACAAUCCAGUGCUCUCCUAUUUCUUGCAGGCUGCCAUACGGAUAUUGCCCACCCGCUGCUCCGAUCCGUGUUGUCAUGA